CCCCAAACAGAUAGCUUGUGCUCUUAAAGUGGGACAUCCCCUGAUGUUUAUUCAAUUUCUGUCCUAUUUUAACCCAUAAAAUAAAGCCAGGUUUCACCGAAACAUGGCUGGUUUGCCUCCGGGGGACCCGCAGCUGGUCUCAAUGAUCGUCAGUCAUUUAAAAACACAGGGACUCUUCGACCAGUUCAGGAGGGACUGUCUAGCAGACGUUGAUACAAAGCCAGCUUACCUGAACCUGAAACAAAGAGUGGACAACUUUGUCUCCAAUCACCUCUCUAAUCACACAUGGAGCCCUCAUCUGAACAAAAACCAGUUGAGAAACAACAUCCGGCAGCUCGUCCUGCAAUCUGGAAUGCUGGAGCAGGGGGUGGACAGGAUUGUGGCCCAGGUGGUUGAUCCCAAAGUUAAUCACAUCUUCAGGCCGCAGGUGGAGAGGGUGGUCCGUGAAUUUCUGUCUCCGGGCAGCUGCUCCGAGGAGCCGCCACUUCCUCUGACACCAGCAGAGAUCAAGACGGAUAGCAGCGUUCCUGAACAACCUUCAUCAUCAGCUUCAACUCCCGGCAGCAACGCCAUGUCCAUCCUGGAUACCAUAACUUCUCUUAAUCAGGAGGCAAACGUCAGGACCAGCUCAGCAGCUGAAAGAGGCGGUAAAAUCCAAGUUCUGGAUCAACCCAUGGAGCUGGUGGAGGAGAACGAGCAAGACAUGGAGGUUGUUGAAGAAAGUGACGAUAGCCAGGAAGGAAGGUCACUGGAGGAGGCAGUGAUAGGAGAAAUCCAAACAGCAGAAGUGAAGACAGAAAGCUUAGAAGAGCAGAUGGAAGUGGAAAAAGAACAAGUAAAAGAGGAGGUUAAAACUGAGGAGGAGGAAGCAGGAACUCCGGCGCAAGCAGAGGAAAAGAAAGAAAAACCUACAAGCAAAGUGAGUGGGAAGGUCUCAGAUGACAAGUCUGAUGAUGAGGCAGUGAAAUCUACUAGUCAAGCCAAGCAGAAAGCCAGAGAGCGGAUAAAAGAGGAAUACUCUUUGGAGGACUCAGACCUCGAAGGCCUGAGUGACAUCACGGUGAGCUCCGUCCACACCAGCGACCUUUCCUCUUUCGAGGAGGAAAGUGACGUGGAGGAGCAGCUCUCCGAUUCUUCCGAAGAGGGCCAGCUUCCGCCAGAUGAUGACGAUGAGAAAGCGGAGAGGAAACACACCAGUGAGGAAGCGGAAGGCGAAGACAGGGAGCGUAAACCCCGCCGUAAAGCAUAUGUCCACAAACCCUUCCUCUACUCUCGUUACUAUAGCGACUCGGAUGAUGAGGUUACUGUGGAGGAGCGUCGCAGAUCUGCUGCAAAAGACAAAGAAGACAGGCUGCUGAAGAGGCAGCAGAACAGAGAGCGGAUGGAGGAGAAGCGCAAACAGAAAGCUGUGCAGGCUGAAGAGCAAGACAGCAAAAAAGCAAAGUGGUCUGACGCUGCUGGCGUGGAGAGCCCCAAGGCAAAAGAAGCCCGCAAAGAGAAGAAGGUCCUGGAGAAAAAAAUGGCGCUCAACAGGAAGAGGAAACUAGACUCAAGAAAAGAGGGAGAUGUUUCGAGCAAGAAAAAAGGAGAAGCAGGAGAAAUAUCCAGGAAAGUGGAAGUGAAACCCUUAACCUCAAAGACCCCACAAGCUAAACUAGUGAGACAUCUGUCCGAGUCUGCAUCGUCUGACGACCGGCUUGGGCGGACGAGUGGCGGUGUCUCCGAAGAUUCCUGCGACACAAAGAAGCUUCCUGACAAAAGCCAGACUCACUCCUUCAUCCUGGAUCUGGAACAAGGCUCCCAAGAGGCACUCAAGCAUCGCUCGUUUGGGAAAUUUGACCGUCUGCCUCGCAAAGAACGCAAGGAGAAGGAGCGCAGUCAGUCUGAUGAACGUUCCAAGCUCAAACAGAAACACGAGAAGAAAUCUGAGCAUCCGGUGGAUGAACCUCUGCAGAAGGACAGCAGUGCUAAAGUUUCCUCCGAAGAAAAAGUCGAAAAGAAGCUUAAGGUCAAAACUGAGAAAAAAACUUCUGGAAGUACUCGAGAAGGAAAGGUGAUAGAAGACAGCACUGAUGAAGGAGGGGCUAAAGAUGCCAGGAAGAUAAAAGGAGGGUCUGUGGAGAAGGAGAAAAUAAGAGAAAAAGAGAAGAGCAAAGAAAAGGAAAAAGCUAAAUUGGACAAAUCUGCCUUUAAAAGUGAUCUGAAGCAGCUGCUUCGCCCAGAUUCUGCAGGAUCCUCUGAGGAUCGCUCUGACAAGGAGCCUGGCCCUGACGUCAAGAAGAGAGAGAAACACUCCAAGGAAGGGUUGAAAAGGUCAAAGAGUCACUCUGAGGACAGACCAGGAGACAGACCCAAAUCUAAGCUGGACAGUGAGAAAGAACGGAGUAAAGCAGAGAGCCAGAAGACACAGAAACCAAACACUGAAGCUGACAAAGAUCCUAAAAAAGCUAAGCCUGCAGAAAAAGAGAAGAGUGCAGAAAAACCAAAGGUAAAAUCCAAAGAAGAGGGAAAGUCUUCCCUCUUAGUGAAAACAGAAAAGAAAUCUCAAAGUCCCGACAUCAGAAGCGCUGGAGGAUCUGCUGUCUGUAAACCUGAAGCAGCAAAAGAGAAGAAAAAAGAUGGAAACACUAAAGAGCAGAAAAAAGUGUCUGAAGAUGCCCCGCAUGAGAAACCAGAGCUUAAAAUUUCUAAGAAGAAGCUGGAGAAGAAAGACAAAGUUCCAGAAAAGAAGGGCGAGAGUCCAGAAGAUAAACCACAGAAAGACGACGAACUGGAAACCUCUGAUCAAUCCGCCAAGUCUUCAGCCGUCGAGAUGGAAGAUCCACCGAAGAAACAACAUCCUCUACAAGACACGAACACCGAGUCUGAUCCUGUUGCCGCCACGGUCGCCGCUUCCUUCUCAGACGACACCUUAGACGCUUUAAGUGACAUCACCCCCGAGCCGUCCGAGGGAGAGACGGAGUCACGGCUCCGCGAGAUGCUGGGGGUACCGGCCGAGGCCGACGCCCUCCUGGCGCUCAUGGACGUCUGUACGUCAGCCGAGGCCAGGCUUCCAACUGCAGACCUGAAAGAGGAAGUGACUCCUGAGAUGGAGCUGCAGGACGCUGACAUGAAGAUGAAGGAGGCCGCUCUGACGCUGCUCUCCAUGGAUCCUGACAGCACGGUUUCAUCCACCCUAAUUGUCCAAGACAUGAGGGAGGAGUCGCCGCGGCGUUCGCCGGAUCCACAACAGAUUGAAACGACUGCAACUGAGGAGGAGAAGCAGCUCACUCCAGUGGAGCUCAAUCAAGCAAGUCAGCAAUCAGCCGCCGCAGAAGAAGACGCUCUUUUCUCUCCAGAGGAAGCGUCUCUUCAAACUGAGCCUGAAACUGCUGCAUCUCAACAAGCUGCAUCAGGCGAAGAAGAGAUGCAGCUCUCUCCAGUGGAGGUAGCGCCGCAGGUUCAGCUUCAUCCCACUGAAACUUUGCUAACCGCAUCUCACCAGACUGCGACAAGCGAGGAGGAGAAUCCACCAAACGCAGCAAGUGGCAAUGAAACCAUAGCAACAGCAUUUCCACAAGAUGCUGCGGCUGAAGAGGAGAGUCAGCUUUCUCCCGGUCAAACAGAACCAGAAGUUGAGCUCACAGUAACUGAAGCCGUGGCCGCCGCGUCUCCACAAACAGAAGAGGUGGAGCAGCCCUCUCCAGUGAAGGCAGAACCUCCAACUGAGCCUGUUGCAACUGAAGACUCAGUGGAUGCACCUCAACAAGCUGUUGCACAUGAAGAGGGAAGUCAAAUGUCUCCAGAGGAAACUGCAUGUUUAACUGAGUUUGCUGCCUCUGAAGCGACACCAGAUGCAACUCAACAAACUGCUGCUGCAGCAGAAGAGGAGCAGCAACUCUCUCCAGUGGAGGCAGCACCUCUAACUGAGCACACUGAAACUGAAAGUUUACCAGCUGCAUCACACCUAGCUGCGGAUGAGAACCGGUUCUCUCCAGUUCAGACGGCACCAGAAGCCGAGCGUCCUGCAACAGAGACGGCAUCGGCUGCCUCUCAGCAAGCUGAGAGAGAGAAGCUGGUCUCUCAAGUCCAAACAGCAGCUCAGGUUGAGAUGAGUCCCACUGAACCUUCAUCAUCUGCGUCUCAACUUACUGCUGCAGAGCACUCAGAAUCCAAGAUGGACACAAUUGAGUCGGACAUGUCGGAGACGGCUCCACCGCCGGAGGAUGAAUCCACCUCAGACAAAAGUCCAGCUCAUUUUGAGGAUGAAGUAAUGGAAGCUGCUGAGAUUUCAGCAGACAGAAUAAUAAUAGCAGCACCAGCAGACAAAGAUGAGGCAUCGUUGCCUGUUGUUGAGCCAGAAACGGGAGAAAUCACCAGCAGCAAAGGAGAGAGCUUGGCUUCUGACUGCACUCAGCAAAUCUCCCAGAUCCCCAGUGAAACUGAACAAGAAGAACAAAGUGCUGCAGUCCUAGAAACCAGCAACGAGGCUGUGAAGGGAGAAGAGGAGGAAAACCAGACAAAAGAUGAUCAGUCUGAAACUGAGGGUAAAACGGUGGAGGAGGAUGGUGAAAAUAACCAGAGAAGGACUGAUAAUCGUGAAUCUGAGAGUAAGACACCAGAGGAAGGUGAUGUGGAGAAGAUGGAAGUUGACAUAUCUGACAAAACUGAGUCUAGAGAAACAAACUCAGAGGCCAAAUUAGUCAAACAAAUCAGUAAUGUCUCGAGCACAGACAGUCAGGAAGAUGGGAGGAGCUCAGAUGUGUCACAAAAGGAAGAGAAGACUGAAAGAAGAAGAGGACGUAAAAGAAAGCUUUCAGUUAAAAGUGUAGAUGGCACUAAGGACGAAAAGGAUGAACAGCGGUCUGUUGAGGAAAGUGACCAGGAGGUAAAAACACCUCGCAGAGGGCGAUCUUCCAGAAACGCCGAGCAGCUGGAGAAGGAGCAACAAAAAGAAGCGGAGAGAUCAGAGAAGACGCCGGGUCGUAGAGGAAGACGUCCAGGAGCCGUAGCUAAAGAGGCAACAGAUGAUAAUCAGGGGAAAAAUGAAGCAAAAGCCGAGGACAGUGCUGGUCAAACAGCAUCGCUCGAAGAAGCGGAAAAAGAAGAGAGCCCUGAACAUAAAUGUGAAGCAGAGAAAAGUAAUCAAAGCGAAAGUGAAGUCAGCCUGCCCUCUCCUGCUGCAGACGAACGUGAAGUUACUGGAAAGUCAGACUCCCAGGAGAGCGGGGACACGCGUAAACAAGGAGUGAAGAGGAAGAGAUCAGAGGAAACAGAGGAGUCUGGAGAGGAAGCUGAGGCUCAGCAGGGGCUGGCAGAGGAUGAACAAGAACAAAGUGAGGAACAAGAUGACAAAAAUGAAGCACUGUCCACCUCUCAGAGCCAUUCAGAAGAUGUGAAAGAGCAAAACUGCAGUGAGAAGAAGCCAGAUAAUUCUGCGGAGCAGCAAGACUCAGAAGCAGCUCCAAAGAAACGGAGGGGACGGCCACCAAAGGCAGCCGCCGCAGCCACCGCAGACGAUGCAGUUAAAAAGGAGAGUAAAGCAGAUGAGAAGGAAAAAGAGCAAAAUGAUGAAGAGGGGGAGGAAAGCGACAACGAAGAAGACGGAGAGAAGGGAGCUGCAACCAAAGCAACGACUCGGUCUGCAGCUCGCCUCGAAGCUGAAAGAAACAAGCCAAGUAAACCCUCCACCCGGGCGAGUCGACAGAGCGGUAAAGAGGAGACCACAGCUGGCACACGCGGGACGAGGGCCCAGGGUUCAGCCAAGGGGGGCCGUAAACUGGAGGCUAGCCCCCCUGCUGUGAGAACACGGGGAGGACAGAAAUCAGAGGAGCCCCCUUCGAAGAGAGCCAAACGCUGAGACCUCUGACAGCGGUGGAGCAGCGCACCCACUCAGUGUUGUUUUUACUCUGCUUAUUCAGAGACUUUCGCAGUCAGUCGGCAUUUUGAAACUGUUUGUGCUUCAUUGACUGUCAGUAUCGAAACCCUCUGGAUGUUAUUAUGCACUCUGCUCUGAUGGCUGAGUGUAAACCAGAGGAUCAGUAAGGAAUCCCUCAGAAUGCCUUCUGCUGCCCCAUGCCCAUAUGGUUCGGAUCACACUCAUCAUUCCACGGUUUAUUCAGUAAUUCCCAGUGAACCGGAGCAUUUCAGACCAAUCAAAGGCCUAAUGUGCAGCCGAGCUGAGCUUUGAGAUAAAGAGGCAGCAUCAGAAUUAACUGUCAGUCAGCAGAGAGGCCACAUCUCAGUCACAGACGUCUCGGUUACCCUGACACACACUUGGUGCUAAAGGCGUCUAAUCUUUGCUGUGCGUUUUACUUCUUGUUAUUCAUUCUGUGAAUGAAAAGUAAACAGAUUUCCCAUCACUUUUUUCUUUUUUUUUAUAUAGCCACUAAAAAGAAGUAUUAGUAAAAGAGAGUUGCAGGAGUUUUGAUGUAAACAUUGUGUUCCUGUUGGCAUUUUUGAUAACAGCUGCUGCAAAUAAAAUACUGUUUUUAUGCCAUAAAUCCCAAUAAACACAUUUUGUUUCACGAUUGUAAA